AGUAGCAGUAGAGAAGUGAAAGUGAAAGGAGCAAGAGACACAGAGGGAGUCUCACAGCACCAUUAACGGAGAAGCUGAGCAUUAUCAGCAACUACAGCAACAGCUAAAGCUGCCUCUCUGCCCUACAUACCCAGCAACUCUCCCAAGUAUAGAAGCCAGCCUAACAUGUCGCAUGAACAAAUCAGUAUCCUGGGGAAGGAGGAUUUUGUGGAACCAGUGCUGGAAACUAAGCUGUUCCCGAAAAUACCCUCAGUCAACAAAUAUGAGAGCAGGGGGCCUCCAGAUCGAAGGGAUAUUGACAUGCACAGUAAAUUCAAAAGGUACCUGAGCUUUAAGGAUGUGUUUGGUAUGUUUUAUAGGCUCCGUUUUACAUCAAGAGAAAAUAAGCUGGCCAAAGCAGGUUUCUACUAUGUGGGCCCCAGGGACCGUGUGCGGUGUUUUUCGUGUGGGGGUCAGUUGGAGAUGUGGGAGGAAUGGGAUUUUCCUCUCACCCGUCACCAACAAACCUUCCCUGAAUGCCCCUAUCUGCAGGAGCUGAAAGCCAAGGGGGAAUGGAAAGAUUAUCACUAUGAGCCAGGCCUGGGCUCCAACAUAUUAAUGGAGAAACCCCUUGGGGACCUGAGUGAUGAGCGUCGCAGGUUGGAGACUUUCCGGGGGCACAGUAAUUAUUUCCCAUAUUACAGGCAGCUGAUAAUGAUGGCCCAGGCAGGAUUCUGUUAUGUGGGACCUGGGGACCUAGUAAAAUGCUUCAUUUGUGGGGGGGAAUUAGGUCAAUGGGAGAGCUGGGAUGUGCCCCUCACCCGACAUCAACACUCAUUCCCUGGAUGCCUCUAUGUGCAAAAGCUAGCAGCUGAAGGGGCUGGGAUACAGAAUCAGAAACAGGGCCAUACAGGGUUUAGUAAAGAGAAAUGUUUGACAACUGAGCCCCCCAACAUUCUGGGGAAGAAAUCCCAUGAUGAUAUGAGCAAUGUGUAUAGCAGGGCAGAGACUUACCGGGGGCACCAUAAACAUUUCCCCUAUAUGAAAGAGUGGGACUUGGCUCAGGCAGGGUUCUACUAUGUGGGACCUGGGGACCUAGUAAAAUGCUUCAUUUGUGGGGGGGAAUUAGAUAAGUGGGAGAGCUGGGAUAAGCCCCUCACCCGGCACCAACACUCCUUCCCUGAUUGUGCCUAUGUGCAGGAACAGAGGGCCCAGACCACUGGCACACAAGAUCAGACCCAGGUGUGCCCAAUGCCAAUUAAAGAAGGGGAAAGUGGGAUACCAGCACACUAUAGUGGCUCCCAAAACCCAGGGGAGAAACCCCUGGGGGAUAUGAAUGAUGAGUACAGUAGGUUAGAGACCUACAGGGGGCACAGGCAGUAUUUCCCUAUGGCAAACCAGAGGAAGUUGGCGCAAGCAGGAUUCUCCUAUGUGGGUCCUGGGGACCGGGUGCGGUGCAUCUCCUGUGGGGGGGAAUUAGAGAAGUGGGAGCGAUGGGAUGUACCCCUCACCCGGCACCAACACUCUUUCCCUCACUGCCCCUAUAUGCAGAAGCUGAGAGACGAGGGGGAUGGGAAAGAUAAUCAGUCCAAGGUGUGCGCAGGGCCCAUUAAAGAAGGGGAAAGUGGGACAACAGUGCCCCUCAGCAGCUCCAGUAACCUGGAGGAGAAACCCUGUGGGUACAUGAGUGAUGAAUACAGCAGGUUACAAUCCUACAGGGGGCACGGUCAGCAUUUUAUUUAUAGGAACCAACAGGGCUUGGCUAAGGCAGGUUUCUACUAUGUGGGGCCCAAGGACCGGGUGCGGUGUUAUUCGUGUGGGGGGGAGUUGGAGAACUGGAAGUUCUGGGAUGUUCCCCCUACUCAGGACCAACACUCACCUUCUGACUGCCUACAUCUACCUGAAUUGUUCCUCAGAACGACAUUUAUGGUAGGAAAACAGGUUAUAUUGGGUAUGCUAGACCCCAGCAUCCCGCUGCUGAGACCCCUUGGACAAGUGAGUGCAAUAAGCAUCAGAACAGAAAGUUAUAAAGUUGCCAAGAAGCAUUUCCCCUAUCAAACAUCUGAUGAAUUGGCUUGGGCAGGGUUCUUCUAUGUGGGACCCGGAGACCGUGUGCGGUGCUUCUCCUGUGGGGGAGAAGUGGAUAACUGGAAGCCUGAGGAUGUGCCCCUCACAAGGCACCAACUUUUCUUCCCUCACUGCUCCUAUGUACAGGGCCUUUCCAUCAGACACAGCUACUUUAUGGAAGAAGGAGUUGGACCGGGUUUUUUGGACACCAACAUCCUGGGGAAGGAAGCCCUUGGAGACAUGAGUGAUGAGUACAGCAGGAUACAAAGUUAUCAAGCUGUUAAAGAACAUUUUUCAAAUCAAACCCCUAUUAAAUUGGCCUGGGCAGGAUUCUACUAUGUGGGCCCAAAGGACAAGGUCCAGUGCUUCUGCUGUGGUGGGGAAAUUGAUAAAUGGUGGUCAAGGGAAGAUCCCCUCACUGAGCAUCAUCGCAGGUUCCCUCAGUGUCACUUUAUCCUGGGCAGAAAAGCUGUGAGUAAUGACCCUUAUACAAUGACUGAGAUGCUAAAAGGCUUAAACAAUCAGCAAUCACAGCCAACUGGGACAGCUGCACCAUCACAGGAUGGACCCGUUUCUCCAGAGGGGAAUCCUCCAGGAGGACUGGAAGAAGGACCUGCUGGAGGAAUGGCAGAGGGAGAUGCUGGAGGAAAGGAAGAGGGACCUGUUGGAGUAAUGGAAGAGGGACCUGUUGGAGCAAUGGAAGAGGGACCUGUUGGAGCAAUGGAAGAGGGAACUGUUGGAGCAAUGGUAGAGGGAACUGUUGGAGGAAUGGAGGAGGGAGCUGCUGGAGAAAUGGAAGAGGGAGAAGCUGAAGGAAUGGAAGAGGGAGCUGCUGGAGAAAUGGAAGAAGGAGCUGCUGGAGAAAUGGAAGAGGGAGCUGCUGGAGGAAUGGAAUUAGAAUUGAGAGAACAAGAAGAGGAACCCUACAGCUGGCCCAAAGCAAGCACAAUGGAAUGUGAGCUCUGUGGGAAGAUCCCUGCUGCAACACCAGCCUUUCCUAUAAUAGACAAGAGAAAAUACAGGUUAGAUCUGCCCCAUGGAGGUCUCUUCCACUGUUGUGAGACAGGAAUCAUGUUUCACGUUCCUUCACCUUCUGUCAUUGAAUUUACGCUCAGCUCUUGGAGAGAUUCUGCGCUGCAACGCCGAUAUGAUGCUGUCGGUCCUGUUUUUGAUGUGAAAGUAAUAUCUGGCUUGGUGUCAGCAGUCUAUCUGCCUCACUAUGUGUGUCUGAAAGCUGGAAACAUCGAUGUCAGCCAAUUCAAAAUCGCUCAUUAUAUAGAUGACAAUGUGGUACUGGAAUCACCAACAAGAGUUGAACCUUUUUACAUAGUCCUGGAAAAUCCCACCUUCUCCCCAGUGGGGGUGGUUCUAUUACGGGCAAUGACUGAAAUAUUUAAAGUAAAGACUCGGAUCCAUGGAGUGGUCCAUCUGUAUUGCAGCUACAGAACAGGUUAUACCAUUCACCUCCACUUCAUGCCGGAUGACUGCUCAUUACACGAGGCUGUUAAAGAUAAAGAGAAAGAACACGGAUUUCAUUUUAUUAGCAAACCUUAUGGGACCAGCGCGGUGUUUACUGCAACUGACUACACAGUGACGGCACCGGACUAUGCAACAAUAAGACCAGAUACUAUUCCAGUUCGUUUUAAUGGAGAUUUCUCUGAAAUAUAUAUACCUUCAUCUAAAAUGGAAGAAGAAAUCGAAAUUUCCUUGAAACCAGGUUCGGAAACAGAAACCAACUCAGUAUGGGGCGCUACAGUGAGGAGAGAGGAUCUUGGUUCAAGGUCACAGGAGGCUUCUGGCAUAAAGCACUUUAUAGAUAGUAACCGUUCAGCUUUGAUUGACAGAAUGUCUGUCCCCACCAUUAAUGUUGUUCUGGAUGAGCUACUGAACGAGGAGAUCCUGAAUGAUGAGCAGUACAGCACUGUGAGGAGCAAGAAUAUCUCCCAGGAGAUGAUGAGGGAGCUUUAUAGCUAUGCCAACUCCUGGAGUCACCAGGAUAAGGACAUGUUCUUUUUCCUUCUGUCAAAACACAAUAACUCACUUGUCAAGGAUCUCAUGAAAUAAUAGAAGAAUCCCCUCAGCCCUUCAGGAGUUGGAUUCAAGACUAGAAGAAUACCCUCAGCCCUUCAGGAGUUGGAUUCAAGACUAGAAGA